AUGGGUAAAGGCAAAGAUUCGGAUUCGGGUGGCGGUAUACCCGAAGGCGAUUACGAAAGAGGAAAGAAGAUUUUCAAACAACGUUGUUUACAAUGUCACGUUAUUGACUCUAUGGCAUCUAAGACUGGUCCCUCACUGAAUGGAUUAAUUGGACGGACAUCGGGAACAGUACCUGGAUUCACGUAUUCGGAUGCAAAUAAGAACAAGGGAAUUGUUUGGUCUCGUGAGACAUUGUUCGAUUAUCUGCUCGAUCCGAAAAAGUACAUCCCAGGCACGAAAAUGGUAUUUGCUGGUUUGAAAAAAGCAGGAGAACGAGCUGAUCUGAUUAAAUACAUGGAAGUUGAAGGGGCAAAAAAGCCAUCUUGA